AUGCCUUUAAUAAAGAAGAUAUCACGAAAAGAUUCACCAACAACAUCCCUGGAUCUGUCACACUCAUCCUUGGAGCAUGGCGGUUUGGGAAUCAUCGCGACUUGCGAAAGAGGACGUCUGAGUGACCCGAUCACCGAUUUAGCUAGUCGGAAGAACAUCCCUGGUCUUCACCACCGGUCAACUAGCGGGACUUCCCAAUUUUCUUCUGCGAGUAGUUCCAGUAUGAACAAGCCCGGCUCGCAGAAUAUUCACCUGGUGCGUCAAGCAACUCGCUCUUAUACUCCACCAUUAAGUCAAUCACACCAGGUUUCGUCAUUCGACACCGAUGCCUCUGGCAAUAGAGACUUAGUUGAGGGGGACCCCCUAGGCUGGUCAGGCUCAGACACGUUCUAUCCGUCUGUGCGUGCAUCCUCGAGGCAGACGCCACGCUUAUCGUUACAGACGCAUAAUAACUCAUUCACAAGGCUUCCUGGGAUCUCUCAGACUAAUGUAGCCGGUCGUUCGUCUUUCGGUUAUUCAAGGGAUAAUGGCAGUACGUUAGAUACAGCUUCACCAAUAUCCAGGUCAUCCCUGGACUUUGUGUUUCGAUCCAGGACCAAAAAUAGUACGGAUCCUAUCGCUCGAGCAGCUACGGUACAAGCUGCGCGUCAGGCGUUCGAAGAGAAAGAAGCAGCCAAAAAUCGAAAAUUUGAGGAGCAACAGAUGAAGGCAGAAGAAAAGCAAAUAAGACGCAGAGAGAAGCACCAUUGGCGAGCUUCUCUGAGAGACGAGGAAACACCUAGUCCAAUAGUGCUUACGUACUAGGGCAUAGAUAAUCCCGAUACUUAUCUUUUAUCGGAUGUCAAAUCUUUUAUACCAGAAGACUUGGUUAGUACCGCGCGCGGCGGAUUCAUUGAGGACGCAGAAAAAAAUCGUUGGUAUAAGACCAUGUUAGACCAAACCUCCAUGCUAGCAGCUCUCAUCGCUGGUACGUUACUCCGCACUGUAAACAUCACGUGACCACACUGGCCCAAUCUGCACUGCGGACCUUUACCUCAGCAAAAUAGGCUACGGUAUUCCAGACAGCUCAACAUACAUAAUCAUCAAAACUACGGUGUACAAGAGCGACAAAAGACGCCUUUAGUCUCCCAUGCCGCACUCCACGCAACACCUUUCCUCAGACCAUUCCAU